CGGCGCGGCUGGACGGGGGGAGCACUGCGCCUAUGGGGCCCCGCCUGCGCUGCCUCCCCUUCUGUAGCCCCAGGAGGACUGGCGCGCACGCGCGGGCACACCGCUGACUGGCGGGAGAGGGUCAUCUGCGAGGCUUCGGGGAAACUCCGGGGGCGUCCGGAACGGGGUGUCCUCCCCCGUGCCAAUGGUUCCGGCCGCGCCGCCCCGCCCCUCGCUGGUUGCCGUGGGCUGCGCGCGCCGAGCACACGUCUCUAGGGCCUGGCUGCCGCGUGAUUCCGUCCGCUCGGUUCCCGGGGCUGCGGCUGGGGCGGGGGGUGGGGGCUGGGGGCGGCCCGAGGUGCCUGGGCUCCCGGGCUUCCCGGGGUCCGGGCUGCAGAUAAGCUGGGAACUCGGUGGCAUCUUCAGAGGAGUCCAGACCUGGUGAGGAGGGGGCGCUGAGGUUGCAGCCGCCAUGCUGGAGCUGAGAUGCUCAGGUGCGACUUACAGGUGUGACUUCGGCUUCUGAAGCCUCAGUUUUAUCAUCUGUGGGAUGGACAUAACCGAAGCUACUUCGAAGGACUGUUAAGAGGAUUACACGAAACAAUGCUUGUGAAGCUUUUUGCACAAGGGAGCCCUGGAGACAGGACCUGGCAGGCAAAGCAUGCCUGCUAUCACACGGAACCAUGGGCAGCGUGAAGACCCCCGUGGAGCUGGCCAUCAGUGGGAUGCAGACCCUCCAUCUUCAGCACCGUUGCCGGGGCGGCCACCGGGUCAAGGCCAGGGCAUCCUACGUGGAUGAGUCUUUGUUUGGCAGCCCUGCGGCUACCCGGCCCGCACCACCAGACUUUGACCCACCCUGGGUGGAGAAGGCCAACAGAACCAGUGGAGUGGGCACAGGGACAUCACGGGCCUCAGGGGCCAACGGGAGCUGCGAGGCCACCUCUUCCAGGGGCAGCACCCCAGCCCUCAAACCAAGGAAGAAGAACAAAUACAGACUGAUCAGCCACACUCCUUCUUACUGUGAUGAGUCGCUAUUUGGCUCCCGACCUGAGGGCACCAGCUGGGAGGGCCCGUGGAUGGCAAAGGGGGAUGCUGCCAAACUCCAUGCCCUCUUCUGGACACCCCCAGCCACCCCUAGGGGCAGCCACUCGCCCCGCCCCAGGGAGACCCCGCUGCGAGCCAUUCACCCAGCUGGUCCCUCGAAGACAGAGCCCGAGGUGGUGGCAGACUCCCGGCAGCUGUCCACAGAUGGGUUAGACUCUCCACACCCUCGGAGGCGGGAACGUUCCCAUUCCCUUACACGCCUGAAUGUCCCCAGCACUGGUCGCCCACCUGUCAGUGCCCCCCACACCAAUGGGCCUCGGGAUCCCAGGCCUUCCCUGUCAGGGGUGACCUUCCAGAGCCCCCUAGUGACGCCCAGGGCUCGCUCGGUUCGUAUUUCACUGCCAGCCACCCCCCAACAAAGUGGGGCCACCGAGAAACCAAAGCCCCCUUGGAAAUGAGUUUCUUGGUCCUCUCGUCAGGUUUGCCCAUGGGGUCACGGUGAGGGGCCCAGUUUCAGAGUCUCCCAGGUAACCAUGAGGCAUUGGAGAAGCGCUCAGGGGGGCAGAUAUAGCAAGAUUGGGCGGUGCCCCCCUUUAUGCUGACAUCCACCAGUUUCUUCCUACCUUUUACUCCAUGAUGGGGAUUUGACGGCUCCCCCUUGAGAUGCCUGUUCCCAGUCUUGCUAUAGCCACAGGCCAAGUGAGUGCCAACCCAGGGGUGCCCCUGGGAGGGGCCCACCACUCCCCCAUCACUCCCACAGCAUCGUCUUAUUGCCAAGUGUGAAUAAAUGGCACAAUCGCCAACCUGGAGGGUCCCUUCUUCCUUCAAGCCAGGCUUCCUGCUCAGGAUGAGUUUCCAGCUGAGUCUGGAGUUUUCCCAGGCACAGUGAACGGACCAUGGGGAACAGAGGAUCUGGGUGAUGUGUGGGUGGACAUGUUUUUAUUUUUAAUAAUCAUGUAUUUAUUUUCACAUAUUAAAAAUAUAUCAGUAGCUCAUCAAAGCCA